AUGAGUCAAGUCCGACACCAGAAUAUCUCCUGGGACCCUGCCUUCUCAGGGGACCCUGCCUUCCCAUGGGACCUGUUCGACGCUGACCCCGACGAUCGCCGCAACCCUGAUUUCUGGAACCUCAUUCCUGACGACCCUACAAUGAGCCUAGACGGAGCUCCCAACACUGCUGCCUUUGAUUCAUGGAGCGCCAUUGACGACUUCUCCCGGAACCUGUUCAACGCUGACCCCGACGAUCGCCGCAGCCCUGAUUUCUGGAACAUCAUUCCUGACGACCCUACAAUGAGCCUAAACGGAGCUCCCGACACUGCUGCCUCUGAUUCAUGGCGCGCCAUUGACGACUUCUCACGGGACCUGUUCGACGCUGACCCCGACGAUCGCCGCAACCCUGAUUUCUGGAACAUCAUUCCUGACGACCCUACAAUGAGCCUAAACGGAGCUCCCGACACUGCUGCCUCUGAGUCAUGGAGCGCCAUUAGCGGCUCCUCAAUGGACUUGGGCGAACCAUCCGAUCUGUUCAACGACUACCCCUCUCUUGACGAGAUGGACUCUGAUGAGCGUGUCUGGGAAAUAUUCCUGGGAGAGAAGACACCUUCUAUAGCACACCCCCAUGGGAGUCGCAACAACCCAAUCGACCUCACUAUUGCCCUAGAGAGGGAGCACACUCCAGAGCCCCGAGACCAGGUGCCCGAAGCACCGCCAUAUGAUCGCCAAGCUACGCUACGCAUCCAGCGUGUCGAAGUAGAUAUGGACGAUGAGACCUACACGUUCUAUAUCAAUAGGCGACAUUGGGCAUGCGAUGACUUGGAUCUAGAAGGGCUUCAUGUCCGGGAGGGGCUGCGGCAAGAGGACGUCGACCCUAGUAUCUCGGCGACAUUGUGGGAGGUACGCGAGUUCCUCUCAGUGCAUGUGCGAGUUAACGGGGAAGGGGAGACACUUGAGUUUCGAUUUGAGGGUGGGCGAGAGAACGAGGACGUUGUUGGGAAGUUUGUUGGCUUUGACCCUAUUGAGGAGCGAGAUCUGCUUGUGAGCUGUGAGGACAUGAAGCAGCUUAUACGCCAUCCAAACCAGAUUCUAGUAGUCACUUGGUAA